AGUAUCCUCGAGUAGGCGCGUGCUCUGCACGCGCCAGUCAUAAAAAAAAAAAAAAUUAUUUUAAAUUCGAAUUUCGACUGUUUUGCAAUUUUUUGUUUUUUUUUUUUUUUUUUUUUUUUUCUUCCCAACGGCUCUUUCAACGGCUUUCUUCCAUUUUCCUUUUUUUUUUUUUUUUUAUCUUCUUUUCUCUCUAUAAAUAAUACUUCUCCCUACAACUCAUUCACCUACAAUUCAUUCAUCACAACUCAUUCCUUCUUCCUCCUACAAUUUUUCUUGCAAAAUAUCAUAUUCGUUCUUCCAAAAAUGUCGUCACCUGAACAUGAUUCUUCGCCCGAUUCCGACGAAGUCGCUGAAAAGUUCAUGGAGUUGGUUGAGUUGCAGAAACAAGUGCUUCAAUCAUACUACCCCCAACCGGCGCCGGAGCCGGCGCGUGCGAAACGUCCCCGAUCAUACGUCCACCGUGAUCGUGAAGAGGCCCAUGUACGUCUUAUGCAAGACUACUUCGUCGACAAUCCAACGUAUGGCCCUACUUUUUUCCGGCGUCGAUUUCGCAUGCAGAAGGAGCUCUUCUUGCGCAUCGUCGAUGCUGUUCAAGGUGAAGAUAUUUACUUUCAUAUGACCACUGAUGCACUCGGUCGAGAUUCUCUUUCUCCUUUGCAGAAAUGCACGUCGGCUAUCCGCCAAUUAGCCACCGGGGUUAGUGCGGAUGUGUUCGAUGAGUAUCUCAAAGUGGCAGACUCAACCGGUCGUCUAUGCCUAAAGAAGUUCUGCAAGGCGGUCAUACGGGCUUUUGGAGCCCAUUACCUGCGCCGUCCAACGGCAACAGACGUGCAACGCCUACUCCGAAUGCACGAGGCGAGACAUGGUUUUCCCGGGAUGCUCGGGAGCUUAGACUGCAUGCAUUGGGCGUGGAAGAACUGCCCAAAGGCGUGGCACGGCGCAUACACACGCGGGGAUCAGGGAGAGCCCACCUUGAUAUUGGAGGCCGUUGCCUCAUUCGAUUUGUGGAUUUGGCACGCCUUCUUCGGCGUCGCUGGUUCAAACAACGACAUCAAUGUGCUGAAUCAGUCUCCUCUCUUCUCCGACGUGUUAGGAGGAACUGCGGCGCCGGUGGUCUUUCAUGCCAACCAGCGCGAAUACCGGAUGGGCUACUAUUUGUGUGACGGCAUAUAUCCGGAGUGGCGUUGCUUCGUGAAGAGUCCAUCAAUGGCAACCAAUCCGAAGGAGGCAAGGUUCAAGAAGAUGCAAGAAUCGGCACGGAAGGAUGUGGAACGCGCCUUCGGAGUCCUUCAAGCUCGGUGGGGAAUCAUUCGAUGUCCGGCGCGCAAUUGGUACGUAGAGCACUUGAAGGACAUCAUGUUGUGUUGCAUCAUUCUCCACAACAUGAUUGUGGAGCACGAAGGUGAAGCGGCUGCCAACUGGAGAGAUGAUGACGGGGCGUCUAGCAGUGGUUCGACGGAGAGUGCUGGACAAACGCCGGUGGCCUUCGAGGAAUAUGUGCGAAGGGAUAGCCUUCUCCGAGAUAGACAACUACAUGCUCAGCUCCGAUAUGAUUUGACUGAGCACCUUUGGGCACGUUUCGGACCUCUAGGGCCAGAGUAGUUAAUUUUUAGGAAUUGUUUUUAUUUUAUUAAAGUUUUAUGUAAUAUUUAGGAUUUUAUAAUUAAUGCAAUUUAAAUUUGUAAUAAA